CCAGCCUCGGCAGCCCUCGGUUGCAGCUAAGGGUUCCGCGCAGCGCUCCCGAGCCAGCUCGCGGGAGCGAGCAGGGGAGGGUACCGCAGCCGGCGCCCCAGGGCAGGACGAGUCCGCUGCGCCUAGUGGGCAGGCGGCCCGAGCUGCGGUAGCUCGAGGUGACAGCCCGCCCGGGUGGCACAACCUGCAGGGAGCCGUGGGGCGCCGGAGGGGGGUAGCUGGAGGGAGAACCUGCAGGCGGCAUGGCGGGGCUGCGGGCCAGGCGGGGCCCUGGGCCUGGGCUGCUGGCGCUGUCCACGCUUGGCUUCUGCCUAAUGCUGCAAGUCAGUGCCAAGAGGCCCCCCAAGACGCCCCCCUGCCCACCCAGCUGCUCCUGCACCAGGGACACCGCCUUCUGUGUGGACUCUAAGGCAGUGCCCAGGAACCUGCCCUCCGAGGUCAUCUCCCUGACCCUCGUGAAUGCUGCCUUCUCAGAGAUCCAGGAUGGAGCCUUCUCUCACCUGCCGUUGCUGCAGUUCUUGUUACUCAACUCCAACAAGUUUACGCUGAUCGGAGACAACGCCUUCACAGGACUGUCACACCUGCAGUACCUUUUCAUUGAGAACAAUGACAUCUGGGCACUGUCCAAGUUUACCUUCAGGGGACUCAAGUCCUUGACACACCUCUCAUUGGCCAACAAUAACCUGCAGACACUGCCCAGAGACAUCUUUCGGCCCUUGGACAUCCUGAGUGACUUGGACCUGCGGGGCAACGCGCUCAAUUGCGACUGCAAGGUGAAGUGGCUGGUGGAGUGGCUGUCACACACCAACACCACCGUGGCUCCCAUCUACUGCGCCAGCCCACCCCGCUUCCAGGAGCACAAGGUGCAGGACCUGCCACUGCGGGAAUUUGACUGCAUCACCACUGAUUUUGUGCUCUACCAGACCCUGUCCUUCCCAGCAGUGUCAGCUGAGCCCUUCCUUUACUCCAGCGACCUCUAUCUGGCUCUGGCCCAGCCCGGCGCCAGUGCCUGCACCAUCCUGAAGUGGGAUUAUGUGGAAAGGCAGCUCCGAGACUAUGACAGAAUCCCAGCCCCCUCAGCUGUACACUGCAAGCCAAUGGUGGUGGACAGCCAGCUGUAUGUGGUUGUGGCCCAGCUGUUUGGUGGCUCUUACAUUUACCACUGGGAUCCCAACACCACACGUUUCACCAAGCUGCAGGACAUAGAUCCCCAGCGAGUGCGCAAGCCCAAUGACCUGGAGGCCUUCCGCAUAGAUGGGGACUGGUACUUCGCUGUGGCUGACAGCUCCAAGGCAGGUGCCACCAGCCUCUACCGUUGGAACCAGAAUGGCUUCUACUCCCACCAGGCCCUGCACGCCUGGCACCGGGACACUGACCUAGAGUUUGUGGAUGGCGAGGGCAAGCCACGGCUGAUUGUGUCUAGCAGCUCCCAGGCACCUGUCAUCUACCAAUGGAGUCGUACUCAGAAGCAGUUUGUGGCCCAGGGAGAAGUGACUCAGGUGCCUGAUGCCCAGGCUGUAAAACACUUUCGUGCCGGCCGCGACAGCUACCUGUGCCUCAGCCGCUACAUUGGUGACUCCAAGAUCCUGCGCUGGGAGGGCACCCGCUUCUCUGAGGUGCAGGCCCUGCCCUCCCGGGGCUCGCUGGCCCUGCAGCCUUUCUUGGUGGGCGGCCGGCGCUACCUGGCACUGGGCAGCGACUUCUCCUUCACCCAGAUCUACCAGUGGGACGAGGGAAGACAGAAGUUUGUGCGGUUCCAGGAGCUGGCUGUGCAGGCCCCCCGGGCCUUCUGCUACAUGCCUGCUGGGGAUGCUCAGCUGCUCCUGGCCCCCAGCUUUAAGGGACAAACACUGGUGUACCGACACGUCGUGGUGGAUCUCAGUGCCUAGAGGGGUACCCAGGCCUCCGGGUUCCUUAGGGUGGCGCUAGAGGCUGGGUGGGGGCCUCUAUGAGCAGCACAUGUGCCUGUGAAGUCACAUGCAGCCAACCUGCUUUUGU